AUGGUAGCCAACCUCACUAUUCUCUCUUUUCUCUUCCUCUCGGCCUCUACAUUCAUAGAUGCAACCACCACCAACGCCACCAAUCCACAUGCCUUCAUCCAGUGCUUCCUCAAUAGCACUAGCUCUAGUAACUCCACCUCCAAACUCCUGCACAUCCCAAGCACCACUUCCUACGCCGAUGUCUUCAACUCCUCCAUCAGAAAUAUAAGGUCCAUUACCCCUAAUGCCACAAUGCCGGCCAUCAUCUUGACACCCACCAAUGCCUCCCAUGUUCAAGCUGCGGUCAAAUGUGGCAAGGCCCAAGGCCUCCGCAUUAGAGUCCGGAGCGGUGGCCAUGACUACGAGGGACUAUCUUCCGUCUCAUCUGGCGAUCCCUUCAUCCUCCUCGACCUUAUCAACUUUGCAUCGGUCGCGGUUGACGCAACUGAUGGCACCGCAUGGGUUGGAGCUGGUGCAACAAUCGGCGAGUUGUACUACCACAUCAAUGUUGGGGCCAAGAACCAAACUGCCGGGUUCCCCGCGAGCAUUUGCCACACCGUCGGCGUCAGUGGGCUGUUGAGUGGAGGUGGGAUUGGGACCAUGAUGAGAAAGUACGGGACCUCCGCCGACAAUAUCGUCGACGCAGUCGUCGUAGAUGCCAGUGGCACGCUCCUGGAUCGAAAGUCCAUGGGUGAGGAUCUCUUCUGGGCCAUUAGAGGAGGAGGUGCAAGCAGCUUUGGUAUAGUCCUCUCAUUCAAGAUCAAUUUAGUCUACGUUCCCCCCACGGUCACUGUUUUUCAGGUUCAGAAAACCCUAAGUGAGGAUGUAACUAAGCUAGUCGGGAGGUGGCAGAAAGUGGCACCGAGGCUUGAUGACAAUCUUUUCAUUAGAGUUCUUGUUAAUGCCAUCGGCAACAAGGAGAAGGGGAACCGCACGAUCCAGGCUUCGUUCCAGUCUUUGUUCCUCGGCGGGCGCCAGGAGCUCCUCUCCAUCCUUGACAAGAGCUUUCCUGAGUUGGGAGUGGAGGCCAAAGACUGCACUGAGAUGAGCUGGAUGAACUCUACUCUCUACUUCGCAAAAGCCCCUAAGUUGGACCCUACCUUCUUGUUGAAUAGGAACCCAUAUUCCAACAGCUCCUUCAAGGCCAAGUCAGACUUUGUGAAGAAGCCUAUCCCUGCAGAGGGUCUGGAGAAGAUCUGGAAGUUCUUAUUAGAAGCAGUGGAUGAUUCUGUACAAAUGGUUAUGGAUCCUUUGGGAGCGAGGAUGGAUGAGAUAGAAGAGACUGCCAUUCCUUUUCCUCAUAGGAAGGGGAACUUGUACAAUAUCCAGCACUACUUGGGUUGGCCUACGAACGAGGAUAGCCAGAAGCAUUUGGAUUGGAUGAAGAGCUUUUAUAAUUUCUUGGCUCCUUAUGUUUCUAAGAGUCCAAGAGCUGCCUACUUAAAUUACAGGGAUAUAGACCUGGGCAGGAAUGAGAAAGGUAAGACAAGCUACCGUAAAGCUACUGAAUGGGGGCAAAGGUACUUCUUGAACAACUUUAAAAGAUUGGCACAAGUGAAGGCUAAAGUUGAUCCAGAUAACUACUUCCAGCACGAACAAAGCAUUCCACCAUAUUCUAUAAAUUAAUUAGAUCAUUUUCUGCAAACUGAAGAGUUUUUUUGUAUCUCUCAAUAAAAUAAAUAAGAUG